AUGUUUGAGAAAGCAGGCUGUCAGUUUCCUCCUUUGGUAGAUGCAGCAUCAGCAGCAGAUGGAAACGCAACAACAUUGCCCAAUUUAAGCAAUGAAACGGCAACACCUACAAGCAAUAAGCUAUUACAUAUGUCUGUAAUCAUCAGUAACACCAGCCUGAUUUUCCAAGAUACCGUGGAUAAAUACGUUUCUAAUAUAAAGCCAUUUGAAUAUGCCAUUCUGGUGCUUGUUCCCAUCUGCUUCAUCAUCAUGACAGGCUGCAUCAUAAAGCUGUAUUCACUGUUUAAAUGGAAUCAUUACAAGAGCCACACACUACCAGCAGCAGUGACGGAUGGUGCCGAUGACACUCAAUUGCGUACGACACUGAUGGCUUGGUCGAUACUCACGGGACUCUUGAAGCUCGAUUUCUUCUUUCUGUUUGCUUAUGCCGCUCAAUUAGUGCCUUCGCGCAUGAUGGCAUACACUGUGCCCUCUUAUGAAAGCAUUGUCGUCUUUUGCACUGGUUUGCUAGCAUUUCUGCUCGCUAUUCAAGGUAUCCGAACUGAAAAUAUCAGAACUGUUUACAUUUGGUAUUCCCAGAGACGUUACAAGAGACCCGUAUAUAUUGACAAGGUAUAA